ACAGCAACAGCUAAUAAUUUAAGCUGUCAUUGCGCCAAUUUCUCAAAAUCAGGAUAUUGGUUUGCUAAAAAGCAGGGGAAAUUAAAAGUACCAUUUUAUAACAUUUUUAAUCAUCAAUUUAAUUAAGCUUUUUGGUCUCACAGCCUACCUUUUUUCUUUUGAUUUAUUGGGAUUUAGAUCUGUAAUUUAGCGCAUUUUUCCACCUUCAAACUAGUCAGUCAAGUUCCCACUUUCUUCCCACUUCUUCUUUUCUCUUCUUGUUUACUAUCAACAUUUCCCAAAGUUGUUUGAUCAUCAUCUUCUACAUAUUCAACUACAUGUAAGUAAACCCACCUAUUUUUUACUUAUUUGUGCCGAUUUUUUGAUGAAUUUUGGACCUUUUUUGAGUUCUGAGUACUGGGAAUUGAUUGAAUUGCUGUAAAUUGAACUGGGUUUUGCUUAAAUAUUUCUGGGUUCGUAGUUUUAUGCAGAUUUGAGCUUGUUUGUUUGAACAUUUGUUGAGAUGAGUAAUGAUGGGGUAAAAGUUGGUAUUCAAAUCAGGAAAUUUGUGAUCAUAACAAUAAAAUUGUGUUAUAGAUCAGUUUGUAAUCAUCCAUUUGUUGUGGGUUUAUUGUUGUUCUUGUUAUUUCUGUAUAGAUCAUUCCCAUUUUUGUUUUCUAUAUUGGUGUCUACCUCUCCUGUACUUGUUGGUACUGCUGUUUUACUUGGAACCCUUUUGAGUUUUGGUGAACCAAAUGUUGUCCCUGAGUGUGACGAAGAAGAGAAACCGGCUCACGAAGUUGUGCAGUCGAAAACGGGUGGGUUUGAGAGCACUACAGUUGUUGAGGAAGAUGAGUUUUUUGGUAAAGAUAGUAGGUACACCGAAUUGAGCAGAGAGUUUGUAAAGACAACUGAUGAAGAACCUUUGCUAGAUAAUACUGAUAGAAUAGAUAAAUCGGAUAUAGAUCGUGAUGAUGAUGAUGUUGCUUAUAGUACAAUAUCUACUGAUCAUAAUUCGAGGGAGGUCAGAUUUGAGAAAGGAUGGAUUGAUGAAUCAAAGAGUGAGCAAGAGAAUGCUGAGAUUGAGCAGACUGCGAACUUGGGUGAUCAAAUGUUUAAGAUGGGAAUUGUAGUCGGUUUUAGUGAUGGCGAAAUCCUGGAAACCAGGUUUUCUUCAGUUGAGAAGGUACAGGGUGAGCACUUUGAGGAUUAUAUUUCAGCAGAAGGAUCAAUUGAUGCUCAGAUGGGGGAUUAUUUAGUGUCUUCCUUGGAAUCACAGAAACAAUCGAAUGAAGUUCUAGCUGAUAGUAUAUUAUCAGCUAAGGAAGUUCAACAUGAGAAUUUUGAAGAUUAUAAGUCUGCUGAAGGAUCACUUGAUGUUCAGGUAGGGGAUCAAUUAGAACCUUCACUGGCAUCAUGGAAACAGUUUGAUGCUCUUGAUGAUCGGUUAUCCACUGCUCAAGAAGUUGAAGAGAGGAUAUUUGAGGGUUAUAAUAUAGCGGAAGGAUCAUCAGAGGCUCAAAUGAGGGAUUACUUAGAAUCAUCUAUGAGAUCAUGGAGACAAAUGGGUUCUGAUCAUGAUGAACAUGGUGAGUCUGAUACCGGGUCUGAUGGAGCUGAGAGUUCCUCUCCAGAUGCUUCAAUGGCGGACAUUAUCCCUAUGCUUGAUGAACUAGAUCCACUUCUAAACGAUGAAAUAUUACAGGCUAUUAACCUAUCCCGUCAAAGCUCUGCUGCAACGAUGGAAGAGUCUGUGAUUUCGCCAGAUAGCAGCAUUCAUUCUGAAGAUGAAAGUGAUCAUAAGGAUCACGAAGCUGAUGAAGGUAAAAGUGAUAAUGAUGAUGAUGACAACGAAGAGGAAACUCAAGUUGGUAUAGAAGAUUCUGCGAAGUCUGCGAUCACGUGGACAGAAGAUGACCAGAAGAAUCUUAUGGAUCUAGGGACAUCUGAAUUAGAAAGGAACCAGCGCCUGGAGAGCCUUAUUGCUAGGAGAAGAGCAAGGAAGAUAACAGGAGAUAGGAAUUUGAUUGACUUGGAUGGGAUGGACCUACCUUUUCCAGUUGCACCUAUUUCAACGAGAAGAAACAAUCCUUUUGAUCUACCUCAGGACAACUCUUAUGCUCACUUGGGGCUACCACCAAUUCCUGGCUCUGCACCAUCUAUUAUGCUGUCUAGGAGAAAUCCUUUUGAUCUUCCUUAUGACUCUAGUGAAGAAAAGCCUGAUCUUUCUGAAGAUACUUUCCAGCAGGAAUUUACUGAAGUUACUCAUAGGGAGGCAUUAUUUCGAAGAAAUGAGACAUUCAAUAUGGGAUCCACUGGUUUUGAUAUAGGAAGACCUAGUCGAUUUAGACCUUAUUUUGUGCCAGAAAGGACAGAUUCUGAUAUGAUGAGCUAUUCUUCUCUUUCAAGACAGGUAAGUGAGCUUAGCGAGUCCAAGGCAAGUUCUGUUUCUGAAACUGAGUCAACUUCUGCAGGAGCAGACCAGGAAGAAAAGAAGCUAAUAGAAGAUGACUCUGUUCAAGAAGUUGAACCCAGUUCUGAGAUUGAUUAUGCUUCUGUCCUUGUUGAACAUGGAAGUCAGUCUUCAGCAGAUUUGGAUUCAUUGUCAGGUGAAGAACAAGAGAAUAAAGAUUUUGUUCCUCGUGAGCAUGAAGUUGAGCUCGGUAGGGAAAGGUCUUCUCUUACUGUUGAUUCUGAUGUGAUGGGAUAUCCUUCUCUUCAGAGACAACUAAGUGAACAUAGUGAGUCCAAAGAAAGUACUGCUGCUGAAAAAGAAUCAACUUCUGCAGGAGCAGAUCUUGAAGAAAAGAUAAUGGAAUACAACUCUGCUCAAGAAGUUGAAGCCCGUUUUAAGAUUGAUCAUGCUUCUGCCCUUUCGGUGCAUGGAAGCCAAUCUUCUGAAGAUUUGGAUUCAUUGUCAGAUGAUGAAAUAGAUCGGAAAGAUUUUGUUCUCAGUGUGCUUGAAGUUGAGUUGGGUAGGGCUAAGUCUUCUUCUGCUGCAGCUUCCUACACCUCUGAAACUAUUGAAUCAGCUGAUAAUAGAAUUGAUUACAGGGAAAUUAAUCCUGCAGUAGAUCCAAUGCUGUCUCAUAGCAAAGUUAGCCAUAGUGACAUCCAACCGAUGACAGAAUUAAUCGAAGUAAAUCACAAUAUCACCUCUAGCCCAUUAUCUGUAUCAAAAGUUUUUAAUGAUAAGACAAUGGAAGAUGUUGACAGUGGUUUGGCAAACAAGGAGAAACGCCAAGUCAAGAAUCUUUUUAAUGUUCACAUUCCAGAGAAGUGUUCACUGGAGCCCUCAUCGUCAGGUGUAACACCUGGGUUGUCACUAGAGACAUCAGAAUACAGUCAUGCAGAUGAGGUGGAUGAUAAUCAUCCAAAGGAACCUAUUUAUGACUUCAUCCCACUCAAGAAGAACCAUUCCUUGUCCUCCUCUUCUUCUGAUAUGCAGAGAGAGACAUCAGGGAUUGAUUUAUACCAUUUAUCAAGUGAUUUAUUUGUGGUUGAUGAAACGAAUGUUCACAAUCAAGAUGUAGAGUUCAUUUCCCAGCAAACUAAAAACGAUGCAGAUGGAGAUGACUUGACAAUGAACGAUAUUGGUGAACAAAGUGGAGUUUACAGCACUGACUUCUCAGAGUUUAAUAAACUCCCUAGUAAUUCACCAACAUCUGUAGUGGCAGAAGAUGAGGUUCAUUUGGCGAAGGACAAAAUAUUAGAUGGUGAAGUUGCUCCUCAUGAAGUACAGAAUUUUUUUGCACAGAAAGACGGUUCUGAAAUUCAUAUUGAAAACAAACUAGAUGAUAUGCCUUCUGCUGAUAGACACAAGUUUGCAGAAGAUUCUAUUUUAGCUCAAGAGAAAAACGAAGUUACUACAUUGGCAGGCAGUUAUUCGCCUGUCCACUCCACAUUGUCUUCUUCACAGGUCGAGUCAAAGGACGAAAAUCAGGAGGAAGUGAAUAUAAACCAGCAGUUUCAGGUGUUCAAUUCCAGUUUGAAGAGUCGUGAAAAUGAUGGGAAUGAAACGCUGGAAUUUUCACUGGAUGAAAAUCAUUUCUUUCCACAUAAUUCUGACAUCAGCGACCCCUGGGCUGAUUCCGCAGAUCAGGAACAAUCCGUCAUUCUUAGAAAGCUUGAGGUUGAUCAGGCAAACAAAGUUGAUGAACCUGAUAAUGUUCUCAUGGCUCAAGAGCCUCAACACGAGAUAUCUUCUGAUCCAAGUCAAAGCAAUGUAUCUUCUUCCCAGCCUGAGGAUUCUGAAACAACAGUUGCAGAAUUAUCAUUUAAGAAGCAUGUUCAAGAUGUACCUGUCACUGGACUGGUAGAGGAAAAUCACAAGGUCUUUGAAGGAUUUGAAGAACCAAUAGCUGAUGAGCAUAUCACGUAUGCAGAGAAAAAUGAUGUCAAUGAGAUGGAUGAAGAGUUGCUGUCUGAGCUGGAUGCAGUUGGUGACUUCAGAGUGUCAAAUACUGUACCAAUCUUGGAGAAUAGUAUGAUAGAUCUCAAUGCUGCAAUUGACUCUAAUAUACCUGUAGAAGCUUUUGGUAAAGUAUAUACAAGUACUGAAAUGCCAAUCAGCCAUGAAACAUUGCUUGGAGAUAGCACUCAUGUAGAAACCAAUCCUUCCAGGAUUAAGGAAUCAAACUUAGAUUCACAGACAGUAAAUUUCAAUACUGAUUUGCUAAACCUAGAAGCUCAUUCUUUUGAAAAUGUCGAUGCUGUAUUUGCGAAAGCGAGUGAAGAAGCUCACAAAUCUGUGGUUGCUGAGUCUGUCCAGGCUGAAUUUAUGAGAGAGGUGGAAGGUCUUUUUCCAGAAACUGAUCUAUUGUUAGGAGAUACAGAACCACGGGGCAGUACCUCUGAAGUAGUAACAAACACUGCUGAUGCUGCCUUCAAUAGUAGGGAAUCAGUUCCAGAAAGAAUUGAAUCCGACCUUGCUUUACUGGAGGGCCAUGAUCUGGAUCCUCACUGGAAUGAAACUGUUUCAGAAAUGCCAAUCGUGGAUGCUAAGAUUAUCAAACAGUCUGCUGCAGAUGUUGAGAGAGUUGAAGAAGAAAUCAUUGAUAGAUCUAAUUCUGUUGAAGCUUUACCAAAAGUAAGUGAAACAGGAGUUGAUUCUCCGGAAUCCAUGCCAUUGCAAAUACAUAGAGACAUUAAAGAGAUAGAUGUCUCAUCUUUCAUUGAGACAAGUACUGCACCAGAUCUUGAGCCCAUAGAUCAAACAGAAAGUGUUGGUUCUAUGGAAUCCGAGUCAUCAUUAAUAGAUGGGGACAUCAAAGAGAUACAAGAACCAUUAGUACUUGAUGAAAGUGAUUCACUUGUUCAUGAGUUUAAGGAUAAGGCACCAGAGAUGCAUGUUCUUGGAAAAACACAUGAGCCAUUGCUACUGGGGAAAGAAGAUAAAGAGUUAAAAGAAUCACUUCUUGUUGGAGUUAGUGUCGGAUCUGCUCUCGACACUGAAGAUCAAAUGGAAAAGUUUGAUACCACAAGAUCUGAGUCAUUGCGUAUAGAUGAAGAGAUUAAAGAGACAGAGGAAUUGCUGGCUCAUGAAAAAAGUAUCACUCCUGCAUCUGAGUCUGACGAUCAGAGAGAUAAAGCUGGUUCAUCUGAGCCAUUGCAGCUGGAUAGGGACAUUAUACCAGAAUCUCCUGCUGUUGAAGCAAAUAUUCCAUCUGCUCUUCAGCCAGAAGAGAGGGAAGUGGUUGGUUCCGAGGAAUCCGAGGCAUUGCAGUUGGAUAGAGAUAUUCAUGAGGUACAAGAAUCUCCUGCUGUUGAAGCAAGUAUUCCAUCUGCUCUUAAACCUGAAGAGAGGGAAGUGGUUGAGGAAUCCGAGCCACUGCAGUUGGAUAGAGACAUUCAUGAGGUACAAGAAUCACCUGCUGUUGAAGCAAGUAUUCCAUCUGCUCUUCUACCUGAAGAAAGGGAAGUGGUUGGUUCUGAGGAAUCUGAGCCAUUGCAGUUGGAUAGAGACAUUCAGGAGGUACAAGAAUCUCCUGCUAUUGAAGCAAGUAUUCCAUCUGCUCUCCAGCCUGAAGAAAGGGAAGUGGUUGGUUAUGAGAAUUAUGAGCCAUUGCAAAGCGACAAUAUUGUGGAAGAAUUACGCGAUUGGCAUGUUGUUGAAGAAAUAGCUCCUAUAGAAUCCAAGCCAAUGCAAACAGAAACAGAUAUUAAAGACGUGCCAGAAUCUCCUACUGCACAAGCCAGUGUUUCUGUUCCCGAGUCUUCUGAUCAAAUACUGACAGCUGAUUCUGGGGAAUCUGAUAGAAACAUUGGGGAGUUGCAAGAAUUGCCUGCUGUUGAUAAAAAUGCGCUUGAAAAUGAGUCAGGUCAACUAGAAAAGGUCAACUUUGUAAAAUCUGAAUCAUUGCAAAUGGAUGGUGAUUUUGAAGAGAUUCAAGAGCCUCCUAUUCUACACAACAAUUAUGCAUCUUCUGUUCAGUUCAAAGAUCAAAUGGAAAUCAAUUCACCGAUGGAAGUUGUAGAGAUUCAGGCUUUGCAGGAACAUCACCCAGUUUCUCAGCAGGAACCUGAAUUUGAUUUUUCAAAUAUGGAUGAUUCAAGAGGGCUCAUUGUUGACUCAUCAACCACUGACAUUCAAUCAAUCAAAAAUAAAGUCGGUGAUCAAGGACAUGACAAGAAUGCUACUGAAAACUUUUCUUCGCAAGUUGAGGAGGAAAAAUCCAGCUAGUCUCAUAAUUCAAGCUCCUCCAGCUCUAGUUCAAGUGUAUCUGUUGAAGAUUAAUAUUGUACGAGAUACGUUGUUGGGUGAGUGUGGCUAUCACCAACAUUUUGGUUCCAAAUAUAAUUUUGAAUGCCUACAGCUUUCUAAGAGCUUGGUUGGCUGGUUAUUAGUGUCUGUUUAAGUUAAUUUGGGCUGCUUCGUUUUUGGUGAGUAGCAGGUUCGUUGUUAUCCCCGCUUUGUUGUAGCCGGGUUUUUUGUGAUAUUUUUUUCGUUUGUGGAAAGAUUGAGGUUUUCUUUGAUGCUUGGAGUCAUAGUUCCUUUACUGUAACUGAGGCAUCAAACCUUAUGUUGUGUUUUAAAUGUUGUAAAUUUUAUACAUUUAUGUCACUAGUCUGUGACCAUUGCGUUGUUCGGGAUUUGGGAGGGGUAUUUUCAGUAUAGAGCUGAAAAUUGUACUUUGGCUUUGUGUAUAGAGAGUUUCUGUUGAGAGGCUAAAUUUGUAAGCCUCCUGUUUUGUAAUGUACAUUGUUUCUUUUGAAUGCGUACUAGUUUUGAUGUGUACUAUGAAAAUUAUUACUGACAUCUGAAAUUUUUA